GAGAAGAUGCAGAAGAGGACACGGGGCCAGCUCCGGGCUUUGCCUGUCAGAGGACGGGCGGUUUCCGCGUCCUCCUUUCACUCCGUCAAGACUCCUCGCAGGGCGCAGCCACGGUGCUAUGGAAGACCAGCCUCAUGCAGAGACCCCGAGCGCCUCUCCAGUCGACACCCUCGCUGAGGUCUCCGCUGCCCGCCAGCAUCAGCUGCCCGCCCUGUGAGGCAGCCGUCCUGGACGUCAUCCCAGCCGGACCUUGA